AUGUUUGACGACCAAGACCUCGGAUUCUUUGCCAAUUUUCUUGGCAUUUUCAUCUUCAUUCUCGUCAUUGCUUACCAUUUCGUCGUCGCCGACCCUAAGUUCGAAUGAAAAACUGGUGUUUUUUUGCUGGAUUCCGACAAAAGAGAAAAAAAAAACAGUUUAAAUGUCUUGGAAUCAGCAUGUCAUUAGCAUUCCAUAGAGUCAAGAUGUUUCAUUCAGUUAUGUAAUAUGACAAAUGUGGUUUUUGAUUAAUACAUAAAGAGACUUGUUUUCAUA